AUGUCAACAAGAAUCCCUGGAAACAAGAUCGCUUUGCUUCUUGCUGUGACUUCAUCAUUGAUCAUUGGCUACGGUGUGUACUAUGUUAAGACGAUUAGAGCUGAGUUUUUGCCAGAUCAGUUGAAGGAAGCCGGUUUCUCACAAUUUUUAACUAAUCUUUCAGCAGUUUUGACAUUGGUUUAUUUUUUCACCUCUAUUGUUGCCCAUGCUUCAGGAAGUUCAGCAAUAUUUCAUGCUAAGAACAAUUAUAUUUUGCCUGUGGUAAUUUCCUUAGAAUUCAUUGUAACCGCUGUUUAUUGGUCAUUGAAGAUUUUCUUUACUCAUUUGAUUGUGAUGGUAGAUACCGUGCCAAUCGCCGUGGAUUUCCCACUCCAUAUUACCCCAUUUGUGGCUUUGGUGCUUGAUUACUUUUUGUUCAAUCCUCAGUUCACCAUUCCUUCUAUGGUUGCAUUGAUUCUUUGUGCAAUUUUAACAGCUGGUUAUUGGUAUUGGUUAGAAUAUCUUAUUGAUAUUGAAAAGGGUCAAUUGUAUCCUUAUCCAUUCUUGAACAUAGAGCAUAAUAAGAGAGUGGGAAUUUUUGUUUUUAUAGGUCUUCUCGCAUUUGUUGGAUUUGCGGUGUUGAGAUUGCUCUAUGAUGUUAUCAUCGGGGAGAAAAGUAUCGAGGACAAUGAAGGCAAAGAAAAGAAAGAUUAA